UUUCAGAUGUUCCUAAGCUCCAGCACUUAUCCUGAGAUUCAUGGUUAUUUGCAUGCAAAGGAGCAGGGAAAAAAAUCAUGGAAAAAAUUGUACUUUGUUUUGAGAAGAUCUGGCCUUUACUUUUCUACUAAAGGUACAUCUAAGGAGCCAAGGCAUCUGCAGUUUUUCUGUGAAUUCAGCAAUAGUGAUAUGUACAUGUCUUUGACAGGCAAAAAGAUUUCUGGAGCACCAACAAACUAUGGAUUCUGCUUUAAGCCUAACAAAUCAGGAGGAACCAGAGACCUGAAACAGCUCUGUGCAGAUGAUGAACAAAGUAGGACCUGUUGGAUGACAGCAAUUAGGUUGCUUAAGUAUGGGAUGCAGCUGUAUCAGAAUUACAUACAACCAUAUCAAGGUAGAAGUGGCUUCAGCCCUUUGAAUCUAACACCUAUGAGAAGCAUUUCAGAAAAUUCUUUAGUAGCAAUGGAUUUCUCAGGACACAGAAGCAGAAUUAUAGAAAAUCCAACAGAAGCCCUUUCAGUUGCAGUUGAAGAAGGAUUAGCAUGGCGGAGAAGGGGGUGUCUACGACUCAACUCACAUGGUAGUCCUAUUGCCAUGUCUAAUAUGGCUAUACACAGAGCUCAGUCAUGGUUUCAUCAUAAAAUCUCUAGAGAAGAGGCUCAGAGACUUAUUUUGCAGCAUGGACUUGUAGAUGGGGUAUUCCUGGUACGUGAUAGCCAGAGUAACCCCAAAACAUUUGUAUUGUCAUUGAGUCAUGGAUUAAAAAUAAAGCAUUUUCAAAUUGUACCAUUGGAAGAUGAUGGGAAGCUAUUCUAUACUCUUGAUGAUGGUCAUACCAGAUUUACUGAUCUCAUCCAGCUAGUGGAAUUCUACCAGCUUAAUAAAGGAGUACUGCCUUGCAAGCUAAAACACUAUUGCGCACGAAUUGCUCUUUAACCAAAGCAUCUGUUGUUUCAUCAGAGGGAAAGGAACAUACUAGACUACUUUUUCCCCUAAAGGCAAUUUGUAGAGUAGGAAGGGAAAAAGCAUUAUAUUGUGAAGAUUCUGUGUUUUAGCUGCAAAAAAAAAAAUUAUAGAUAAGAAAUUUGCCUUGUGAUUGUCACAGCAAAAUUAACUUUAUGUUUUAAACAAACAUUAUUUCCUAUGU